AUGGCACAGUUUGAAAUCAAAGAAGAUGCUGGUGAUAUCGAGUCUUCCAUCCAAGGCUCGAUGAAGGAGGGUACCGAGACUGCCAUUACACCUGUACUCGCAAAGAGCUUCAAUCUCUUCAGUGCUUGCGCUACUGGAAUCACUACCGGAAAUGCUUGGGCAGUUCUGGGAGGCGGAAUUAUUGCCUCUCUUUACAAUGGUGGACCACCUGGUAUAAUAUACGAAUUCGCCACUGCCUCCUUUUUCUAUUGCUUCAUUGCUGCGUCAAUUGCCGAGCUUGCUUCCGCCAUUCCAGCAUCCGGGGAGUCUACCACUGGGCUACUAUAA